CUUGCACUUGUGCUUGCAACCAACCCAACGAUAAUUAGAAAUCAAACCCAAAAUUGGGGUAAAAUGGAUUUACAUGCACUCCGCAUAUCACAUCCAUUCAUGCUUGCAAACAACUCUACCUCUCUCUGGAACCUUCGGUCUCUCUCCACCAAUCCUCGCAAUCGCAGGUGGUUGAAGGUGGAAGCCACCAACAACAAGGCUUUCGACGAGGCGGCUUUCGAGGCGCAGCGACUCGCCCUCGACGCCGAGGCUCGCCGAGCCAUGGCUGAGGCUUCCGACCCUAAGGCUUGGAAAUGGGUAAUCCGAAAGAGAAUAUGGGAUACCAUGGAAACCCGCAACUUCGCCAUUAACCCCCGACCCGUUCACCACCGCAUUCCCAAUUUCGUUGGCGCUUCCCUCGCUGCUGAUAAGAUGAGGGAGCUAGAUGUGUUUCAGGUUGCACAGUGUGUGAAGGUUAAUCCAGAUUCUCCUCAGAAACAAGUCAGGUUUCUCACUCUCUCAGAUGGUAAGAAGUUGUUGACUCCUCAGCCACGGCUGAGAACAGGUUUUUUCUCUGCACUUGAAUCCAAUAUGUUAACUUUGGAUACCAUGAAGGAAGCCUGCACUUCUGUUGGCGUUGCCAAGUAUGGACGGCCCAUUGGAUUGGAUGAAAAGAUAAAGGUAGAUCUUAUUGUUAUUGGAUCUGUUGCGGUUGACCCAAGUACAGGUGCUCGAUUGGGAAAGGGAGAGGGAUUUGCAGAACUUGAAUACGGUAUGCUACGAUACAUGGGAGCCAUUGAUGAUUCAACACCUGUUGUUACCUCUGUGCAUGACUGCCAGUUGGUGGAUGAUAUUCCAGUUGAAAAACUGUUAAUUCAUGAUGUACCAGUGGAUAUCAUUUGUACUCCAACCGAGGUCAUUUUCACGCAUACAUCUAUUCCAAAGCCUCAAGGGAUUUAUUGGGACAAGUUAUCUCCUGAGAAGCUGGGACAAAUUCGUGUACUAAGGGAGCUUAAAAAGAGGAUUGAACAAGAGACUGGACAGAAGCUUCCUACUGGUCCAUCAGAGAAACUACCCCCUACUGCUCAACGAAGUCGAAGGGGUUAGCUUUGUAAAUGUUAAUUUUGAUGGGUAUAUGUAUAUACCAGAGUUUUUUAGCGACCUAUGUGCUAAAAGAAUGAAAUGUUUAAUUUUGAUAUUGUUUACGUGUAUGUAAAGUAUUGAUGUUUUAGGCUAUAUGAAUACCAAAUCUAAAGAAACGCAUGUGAGCAUUUAAUCAAUCUGAAUAUUGCUAACGAAGCCUUUUCAAGCCUAGACUCUGACAACGUGGAAACAUUGGAGAUACGAAAGACCUCCAGUGAGUAAUUUUGAAUAUUAUAAAUUCGAUUACUUACAUGGUUUGUU